AUGAGGCCAUUGAUGAACGGGAGGACGAGGUUUAUAGCCGCGGUCCUCACGAGUGAGAUGAGCGUUGGCGGGCGGUACACGACCACUGGCGACUCGGACUCUUCGCCGGACGAUGACGAAGACGCGGUUAUGGACGGGGGUACCACGAAUGAGGAGGAGGGCGAGGGUGAGGUCAUGUUGUACUAG